CGACAUAUAACGGCAUAGCACGCGCGAAGUUCCAAAAGAGAAUUCGUGGUCGUGCCCGUGAUCGUCAUCGUCAUCAUGCUGUUGCGCAUCUCUUAACACCGACCUCGGAGUCAGGCCGACGCACAGCGGUAGACUUCGCGUGAAGCGUCUUCGAGCCGCCUGCCGCAUGGGAGUUGAUCCGGCUCGAGCAUUCCCGCGCCGGGGCCAAGUCCAGCCAUGGUUCACGGCCACGCCGCCCCGGCACCGCGAGAGGACGAGACCGCUCGGAGCCGCCACCACCUCCGCCUCUUCUCCCUCCCCACUCCUCCCGCGCAGCCGUCCGCCGAUAACGACGAUGACGACGGCUACCCAACAGCAGCAGCAGCGGCAGCAGCAGCGGCGGCAGCAGCAGCGGUGGCGGCAGCAGCGGCAGCGUCAACUCCGACCACUUCCAUCGACGGCAGCAACGAAGACUCCGACUCGAGCCACCUUCUCAUCACGGUGAACGUCGGCGGCUUCCGCCAGAGGCUGUCCCCGGGCACGCUGCUGCGCUUCCCCGAGACGCGCCUCGGCCGCAUUCUCUCGUGCCGCUCCGAGUCUGCGAUCCUGCAGCUGUGCGACGACUACGUGCGCGACAGCCGCGAGUUCUACUUCGACCGCCACCCGGGACUCUUCCGACACGUGCUCGACUUCUACCGCACGGGCCGCCUGCGUGCGCUGCAGCAGGAGCUGUGCGUCUUCAGCCUGAGCCAGGAGAUCGAGUACUGGGGGCUUCCCGACCUCCUGCAGGUGGCGAGCAGCUCGUACUGCUGCAGCCACCACUACCUGGAGCGGCUCGAGUGCCUCGCGGCGGGAGCGCAAGCCGGGCGGAGCGGCCGGCGCUGCCUGCGCAAGAAUAACGACGACGACGAUGACGAUGAAGAGGAAGACGACGACGAUGACGAUGAGGACGAUGAUGACGACGACGACGAUGGGAGCGACAACUCCGGCGAUGAGGACGGUGACGCCCGCGGUGACGGUAGCGGCGGCGGCGAGGAUGACGAAGCGACCGACGCGAACUACCGAUGCUGCGCCGGGAGACGCAGGAGGAUGUGGGCGAUGCUGGAAAACCCCGGCUACUCGCGCCUCGCCAAGGUCUACACGGGGGUGUCCAUCGCGGUGCUGCUCGUGUCCAUCAUCUCCAUGUGCGUCCACAGCAUGGGGGACGAGCGCGCCGGGGCGGCGGAGGACCCCGCGCUGCCCGUGGUAGAGGACCCCGUGCUCGCCGUGGUAGAGGACGUGUGUGUCGCCUGGUUCACGCUCGAGCUCGCCGCCAGGAUGAUCGCGGCCCCCGACCUCAAGAAGUUCUUCAGCCGCCCGCUCAACUCCAUCGACCUGGUGUCGGUGACUCCGUUCUACGCGACGCUGCUGCUGAGCGGCGUGGAGCUGGGCAACGUGGGCCGCGUGGUGCAGAUCCUGCGGCUCAUGCGCGUGCUGCGCAUCCUGAAGCUCGCGCGGCACUCCACGGGACUCCGCUCGCUCGGGCAGACGCUGACGCACAGCUACCACGAGGUGGGCAUGCUGCUGCUCUUCCUGUCCGUGGGCAUCUCCAUCUUCUCGGUGCUCAUCUACUCGGCGGAGAGGGACGAGGAGGAAGGGGGGCUCGCGAGCAUCCCGCUGUGCUGGUGGUGGGCCACCAUCAGCAUGACGACCGUGGGCUACGGGGACACGUACCCCGUGACUGCCGCCGGCAAGGCCAUCGCCACGGCGUGCAUCAUCUGCGGCAUCCUCGUCGUGUCGCUGCCCAUCACCAUCAUCUUCAACAAGUUCGCCAUGUACUACAGGCGGCAGAGCAAGCAGCUGCGGCGGGCUGCUGCCAAGUACGCCGCCGUCGCCAAACGCGCUGAGAAGGAAGACUGCCCUUCGAUCCGCAGCCGAAGCCCCAGCGUCGACGUGAUCCCCAGGAAGGCGGCGUCAGCGCAAGGCGAGUUGCUUCUCGCCAACGAGAAGAGCUCCAUGUGAAGAGACCGGGGGGGCGCGCCGCUCUGGCGACAAAUCUCCCGAAGUCGAGGAACCUCCCGGCAAUCCUCGCCUCGAGCUGCCCGCCGGCGCGACUCUCCGCUGUCGCCGGGCCCGCGACCCGCUACGGGCUUUGUAACGUGCGGCACGCGGCAAAGCUUGGGAGGUGGCCCGGCCAGCCGGCUGGCUCAGGGGGUGUUCAUAGUCAAUGGCCGUGUCGCAGUGAGAGAGAGACUCUGAGGCAGUCACCGAUGAGAUCACGGGCUCCAGGCGUGAAGGUUGACGUUAGGGCCAUGCGAUGUGAGGUUUUGUAGCGGAGGACGAGAUUACCGAGGCGUCAUCUAGCUGUGGAUAGAUGAUGAUGAUGUUGUUGUAAGAAUGAGAUGCCGGGUGGUCUAGGGGUCACAGCACUGAGCCGGAACCUCUGAGAUGUUCGGUUGUACUGUGAGGUUCAGCUGCUGAACGUGAUUAAACGGGGUUCUACAGUGCAGCGAGCUGAUGGUCUAAGUCCGGUCACCGAUGAUUGCUACGACAACAGAAAAGUUGACUGUUGAUUUGCACUUCAUGCGGCUCAUUCCAGCUCUGGGAGUUUAAAAUGAAAGCGGCUUUAUUGAGGAACACUCUUGGCAGAGCACGUGACAGGUGUAAGAGAGAGGCCCGUUGGAGUGGCUUUAGAAGUGGUUCUGUGAUGUCAUCUUCAAGGCAACUUUCCGACACAAGGUGAUGCACUGGCAGCACAAUUAUAAUAUUAACCAAAAAAGUAAGAGAGACAAAAAGUAGCUAAAUGAAGCUCCCGAGAGCAAUGUCUGCGGCAGUCGCAUUAACAUAGAGGGAGACGAUGAGAGAGCAAGCGGCAAUGAUAGAACCGCUCUAGUAACGACAGCAGCAGUAGCAGAGAGAUCAGUGGGGGGGGGGGGGGGGGCGGGGGGCGGACUGACGACUUUGAGUGUGGAGAGAGGUAGCCAAGAAACAAGAAAACACAAAUCCCUUCCCACCUCCACCCCGAUUCCCGCUCCCCCCCAGGCUACGGACACUCUCCAAUUACUGACAUUUGGUCACGCGACCGAUCGCAACAUUUGCUCUGAUGCUUUAAUUAUCAUACUCUUAGUUCUUUCGGUAGAGUCACGUAGGUAAAAAAUGAAAUUAAAAUUAAUAAAAUAAAACAAUAAAAAUCACGACGUUUCGGAGGCAACACAAGUCUCCGUCAUCAGGUGGGACCGUCACAGCUAGAUUUGCUGCAUCAAGUGAGGCAGGGAUUCAAGAUGCAAGCCCUUAAAUACAAGUUUAGGGGGAGGAGAGGGGGGGAGGAGCUUAUCAGAAUGUGGUAGCCAAUGAAUGGAAAGUAUCGGGAGGGGGGGGCGGGGCUAAAAGAGGGCGCGAGGUACUUUAAUUAUCUCCACGCACCGCGUGUUGCCUCGGGAGACAUUGGCCCGUGGUGAUCCCGUCGAACGCCCGAACGAUUGUACAUUUGAAGGGGACACCUCGCACCGAAUACGAUUCGAUCAUUUUGCAGGCUGGAUAUUUUCAAAUUUCUGUUGUUGCUCCCGAUACUCCGGCGCGCAAUGGCCUCGUGCUCACGACGCCACGCGGCGUUUCGUCACGCCACGCACGGACAUUCACUGCUCGGAAAAGCAUGCGAGGAAGCCGCCACGGCUGAGUGACGGUUCAGCGGCGCUACGGGACUUGCAACUCCAGAGGUCGCCGGUUCGAUCCCAUCUCCCGGAGCGGUGGUUGAGACCCUGAUGCGUGUUUCUUAAGCCGCCCACCGCCCGCGCCGCCUCCGUCCACCCGGCGGCGUGAAUGGGUUGCGCCGCAGUUAGUCGAUCGGAUAAGUCGCGUCUGGCGGGGUAAAGUGUGGAAGAGUAGGCCAAAAUACCGUCUAGAGGGAUCCUUGAGGGCUGCCUUUAAGUGAAGGCCCUUCUGCCGGCAGUGGCAUGAGCAGGGAAUUGCAGGGCUGCACUCUUACCUUGUUUUCCUUUUAGCCGAGUAAAGUAUAUAUGUACAUAUUAAAAAUAUAUCAGCCUAAUAGACCAUGCACUUUACUGUCGUGUAAAUAAGAACAUUAUACAGCCUCUUGCAUUUACGGUCACGAGUGGUGAAAAACAAAGAUAGUAUCGGGUUGACUGCCAUGCGACGAACGUUACUCCCAUGUGGCAGAGCGGGUGGGGAAUGUGCUGCCCUCUUCUGUGCGUGGACCAGAGUGUCACUUGAAGAAUAAGAAGGAGAAGGGAUCUCAGAUGUAGUUCUGUGGUAUCCGCUUCGGUGGACCACUUCGUAACACGAAGGUGCCACGCUGGCUUUGCGAUAUUUCCGAAUGGAUUACUCGUGCCAUGACCAUGUGACGUGUCAUGAUCACGUGACGUGUCAUGCAUGACCUUGUGAUGUGUCAUGACCACGUGACGUGCCAUGAUCACGUGACAUGCAAUGACCACGUGACGUGUCAUGACCACGUGACGUGCAAUGACCAUGUGACGUAACAUGGCCAUGUGACGCAGAUGGCAUCUGGUGGGUAAAUGACAACAAAAUAUAGAUACAUAAAAAAACAUUAGUGACUGUGCAAAUGCUAUAUCCGCAGUCCUUCUCAGAGGCAAUCGGCCAACACUCUCCCACGAGCGGUGAGCAUUGACCCAAUAACUAGAGGUUUCUGAUGUAAAAUAAGAAAAAUCACUUCACCCGGAACCUUUGAAAUUGCAUGCGGUCUGCUUAUUCACAGUGACACCCGAGAUGCAUGUCAUUGAAAACAAUAUAUAUUUGACACCCGAAGAGAGCGGGCACAUUCUACAUUAACUUGUUGUAGCCUGGGCCUCGAGCAAGACCAGGGACUUCAGUAGUUGUCUGUGUCGGGUGGAGGAGGGUGUACGACACACAAUCUGACCCCAAACAAAAUCAUUACGAAUCAGGAAUGGGCAGGUGUUGCAGAGGUCCUCUUUUCGAUUCGAUCUCCCGGCGAGUACAGUUUUGCGAACAACGCGUGUCCGUUUCUUAAAUCCUCGACACCACGUCGCCUCUGUUAAGGGGUUCAUCGCUGUUCGCCCAUCAGCAGCAGGUCGUGCGUGCGGUGGGGUAAAGUGUGGGUACGUCCGCUCCCACCUCUUCCAAGACGUACUGGCCAGUGUGAAGGGGUAGGCCAAAUUUCGACAGCCGGGGCUCUCUCGCAACAGAGCGGAGGGCCUUCGGGCCAGCGGUCGCGCGAGCUGGCAAUUCCAGGGCCGCGCCUUUGCCUCCGCUCAAAGCAGGGCCGCGCGUGAUGAAGCGAUACCCAGUGAUGAUAAUCUUUGGUUCUUUCGGUAAAGUCACGUAGGUUAAAGAAAAGAAAAAAAGUUAAAAUAAAUAAAUUAAAUCGGUGAUGAUGUUUCAAGGGCUUGCGGGCGGCGCUCACGUCACAGAUAAAGACACACGCAGCAACAAAUAGAACUCAACUAUUAUUUGGGGUGAUGGGUGUGCGGGGCAACAGUCGAGUGAGCAAACCUUAAUGAAAGCACGCGAGUUAUGUUGAAUUACCACGUCGGAUAACAAACAAAAAACACUUUGUCUUCCUUCAUUUAAAUGAAUGAAUUAUUUUGUUGCUGCUGCUGCUGCAAUUAAAUUGGGCAAAGG